AUGACGUUCUCUGGAAGCAUGAAAGAGAGUAAGCCGCGAAAUGUCAAAGACACUUGGGAGUCUGAGUUAGGUUAUGGUUGGUCUCGGAGUGGGCAGCGUCGUUGCCGCGCGCACCGGCCGCCCGAGUCCACCAUGUCGGUGAGCAGUGACAUCAGGUUCACGCGGCGCAAGCUGAGCCGCUCCUGCCGCGGCUGUUGUGCGGCCAUGGCGUCCUUGCUCGUACUGCUGCUGCUCGCCGCCGUCGCCGUCUACCUCGGCCACAUGUAUUUGUUUGGUGAUCCACUGAACCGGCAAACGUUCCGAGGCUCAUUUGUGGUAUCCUCGUGGGGAUCUCAAGAAGCGUCGUUAGAGGUCAGGGACAACAGCACGCGGGAACAAGAACUCCGAGAGGCCAUUUUUAAAUCUUAUAGGACUUCUGAACUUCGAUCUUGCUUUGUCGCCGCUGAAGUUCUUGCUUUAGAUAACACGGCAGACGGGACUCGUGUGCACUUUGAGGUAUCCUUCGAGCCUAUUUUUACAGCAGUAAGCACUUCUGAAGUUACUGCUGUUAUGUCAAAGGAAAUUUUAACUCCAUAUUUUCAAUCCAUUGGUGUAUUGCCAGCAACGCUACAUAUUGAGGAAAGCUCUAUGAUUUCUUCGCAACCUUUAAUGGAAAGUGAUAUUUCAAUUACUGACGUACCCACAACAGAGUCGAUAACGUUCGAAAUCGAGGAUCUUCGAGAAUGUUCUCCGUUAACAUUAUCGUUAUGUUCACAUCUACCUUACAAUACCACGGCAUAUCCAAACUUAGUUGGGCACACGAAUAAAGAAGUGUUGCUCCGUGAUCUCGUCGCCUUCAGGGAACUGUUAGACGCAGAAUGCUCUCUUUUAGCGCAGGAUUUUGUCUGCCAAAUGUUACAACCACGAUGUGAAGACGAAAGACUGAUACGUCCGUGCCGCGCUUACUGCCGUGCCUUUCACGCCGGCUGCGGGGCUCGCCUGCCUGAUCGUCUGCGACCACACUUCGAUUGUGCGCGAUUUCCCGAAUACUAUGGACCAGGAUCGUGUUCUCCAGAACCAGACUGCGUGGGUGGGUUGCAACGGCUGGCGUUAUCGCGGCGAGCGUGCGACGCGAUCCCCGACUGCGCGGACGCGGCGGACGAGCGCGCGUGCUCGCACUGCGCGGCGGCGGGCGCGGGCGCGCUGCGCUGCGCGCUGUGGCCGCGCUGCCUGCCCGCGCACCUGCGCUGCGACGGCACGCCCGACUGUGCCGACGGCAGCGAUGAAAGUGGAUGCUUAUGGAUAUCCCGUUCCCUCGCUACAUGGAAGCGGGAGACCAGUGAGACGACGCUAGGCGCGGUGCGCAGUCGCGCCGGCUACGCGCUGUGGGCGGAGCGCGGCCGCGCCGGCAAGAUCUGCGCAGCGCCCUAUGAAGAUGACAAACGCGCUCUCAUGAACGUGGCUACCUCUCUCUGCACCGCACUUACUUUUAAAACUGCUAUCUCAGCGGAAGCCGUGCCAGACGCCGAAAUCGAGUCAGAUGAAAAUUCCGCAGAAGCAAUCAUACAAGAUAAAGUACGCAAAGAAAUACCAGAGUAUGUAGAGGUUGUUGACCCGUCGGCGCCAGAAAUUGCAUUCAUCAAAAGUGAAUGUCCGCAACGGAAAGUGAUCAAAAUUGUCUGUGAUCAAUUGGAAUGUGGUGUGACGUCAGCUCGAGGAGCUCAAGCGUCGCUCGGCGUAGAAGGCCUGCCGAGGUCGGCGCGGCCGGGAGACUGGCCGUGGCACGCGGCCUUGCUUCGCUCUCACGUGCACGCUUGUGAUGGCGUCCUCAUACACCCCAACUGGCUUAUUACUACUGCUUCCUGUUUCCAGGGUCAACCGAAAGCUGAAUGGACAGUGAGGUUAGGUACAGUAAGAAUCCAAAGCACUACACCUUGGCAACAGGAACAACGAAUAGUCGGGAUGGUUCGUUCCCCCGUCGAAGGAAGUAUGUUAGCUAUGGUACGACUGGAGGAACCUGUUGAGAUGACCGACUUUGUUCGUCCUGCGUGUUUGCCGGAAAAUGUCUACAAAACUGAUGAACAUAGCGUCUGUAAUACUUUAGGUUGGACUAGAAACCGUGACCAGUUACAGAGGGUGCAUGUUGUACCUACUUCUAUGAAUACCUGUGAAAAUGUUAGCAUAGCUACUGGAAAUGGAAUAUGUGCCGAACCAUUAUAUGAUCAAGAUGAUUGCGACGAAGAAGAAUAUGCUGGAAGCUCUAUGAUGUGCUUUGAAGAGAAAUCUAAACACUGGUCAUUGAUUGGUGUAAGUAGUUGGCGUAUCGCUUGCUCAAAAAUUGGACUCGGCCGACCUCGAAUAUAUGAUGCUCUUACUUCUCAUAUAGAUUGGAUUCGUAGAACCAUUUCUAAUUCGGCAAGG